AUGGUAGUUGAACAGACAACCCAGUUGAUAUUGCAAAGAAAAAGUAUUUUACUAGGAAGAAAGGCAAGUAAAGAUAAAGUUUUUGCUUCUCAGGAUAAUUCACUACCUACUGUUACUAACUUAAAUAAAUUAAAUGACAAAAGUGAGGAUAAAAAUGAUAUGAGACAUUCAGGGAAUAAUUUAUUCAGUGAUGAUGAGCUAGAUGAAAUAGAUUAUACAACUAUUCAACUGCAGUCUAAUACAAAUGCAUACGUAAUGAAACCUCGAACUUGUCCGAAAUACAAAUACAACAUCCAAGACGUUUAUGAUGGUGAUGAUGAAGGUGAGGGAGAAAGUGACGACUUUUAUAAAAGCUAUGAUAAAUGUUCUCAGGCUAUUAUCAAGAAAAAACAGAAAAAAGACAAAGUUCCUAUAAUGAGGAAUGCCUUUGAUAAGCAUGACUUUCGUCAUAAGUCGAAUUCGUUCACGGAAACAUCUAGAUGUCAAUCAGUUGAAAGGAGCUUUAUCGGGACAAACAUUUUCCCAUGUAACAAUAAUGAUGAUACAUGUUUUAAUGUUAUUGCUCAGCAUCAUAUAUCUGAAUCAGAAUUAGACAACCAGGCUAAUCUCAGUGGUUUCAUAAAUACCACUUUGCACACAUCAUCAUCAUCAUCGUCAAUAAUUAGUUUGUUUAACUGGUCUUCUAAUCAGUCGAACAUGUCACCUUUAUUAGAGUAUUCUAAUGACACUUAUGACAACAAAUAUGGCGACCAAGAUAUUCAUCUAAUAACUAACCGAAAUGCAAGUAAUAAUUUCAGUAGAGAAUUUAACAUUGGUGAUACCAAAAACAAGCAGUCAGAAAUCAAUAAAAUAAGUGCAAGGAGAAUAAAUGAAAUCUCGAAAUGGAAUACUGAAAAUCUAAGAUAUAAGUCAUGGAAAUAUAAAAAGAAACAUAAUGCGAGAGAAGAAACAAGUGGUAAAAAUUCAAAAAGACUUAACUUUUUUCGAAAUCUUCUCUAUUCAGGAAAAUUUAAAAAAGGCAGAACUAAUAUUGGUGAGCGUGAGAAAAUAGAGAAUAAAGAAAAGACUACAGAACUUGUUGAGUAUAGUAGACUAAAUAACAACGGUUCUUUUAGCAAUAAAUAUGGCGAUGAGAGUUGCAGUCAAACAGGUAAUGAUAUCUUCUUCGAUGAGGUCAUUGACUGUGUGUCUAACAUGCCAAAACAGAUAAACAGUGCAAUCUUGAAUAGUAGAGACUCUCUAAAUAAAACAAUUUAUUGUAUUCAGCCUACAAACUUGUCUGUGAACCAGGAAACAGACAGUAUUCUUUACCCUAUUAAAUAUCCUAAGCAAAUUCACUUCACCCAAGUUUCAAAUGUGAUAUAUCCCGUGGUAUCCACAUAUUUGGUUUGUAUGAAUAAGAAAACAUUUUGCGCAAUCAGUAGACAUCUUAAAGAUAAAACAAGCAACUUUAAACAUAAUAAUUACAUCAGUAGAGUUUAUUCAAAAAUACCGACACCCUUAGUUGAAGAUGCUAAUACUAAUCAACAGUUCGAAAAACCAGCAUGUUACGAUAAAAGUGAAUACCACUGUAACAGUGCUGCAAUACCAAGAAGUGUUAAACAAAUUACUUCUGAUCAACAUAAAAAAUCGAGUACAUUUUCAUCAUCUGAACCAUUAAAACAUAAAUUACAGUUUCGUAAACGCAUACGGAUGACCAAACAAGAUUGUUUUUUCCCGUAUGAAAUUGAAACACCAAGUUUAACUAUAAGACAUUCUAUCCACCCGAUAUCUGACAGUCAGUUUGUUCUACUUCCAAAAAGUCAAAGUUCACCGUCACUGAGUGAUCAUGUAGAUGAAAUGGACAGUAACUGGAUAACUGGUCGGACAGAUAAUGAUACUGAAGAAGAGAUAGAGAGAGAUAGUGGUGAAUCGAAUCAAUGGAUCAAUACAACUAGUAAUGAUACACAACAAUUAAGAACAGAAACACUGGAACGAAGAAAAGUCACUGCAUGGCUGCCAGUAAAUUAUAUGCGUACAGUUGAUAAAACGCCAAGUUUAUAUUUAGACGAAAGAGGUAUGAUUAACGGUAUAGCUGAGUGUUUAAUAACAAGUCUAUCCUCUUUGUCCAUUCCAAUAAGUGAAAUUGACUCAUCGAAUAAAAGUCUGACAAAUUGUUAUUCACCAGAACCAUGUGAAAAAUUACUUGCCUAUAAACAAACAGUUGAGAUUCAGUCGAAUAAUUCAGACAAUGACCGAUUGCAUCACUACGACUUGUAUGACUCUGAUGAGUAUGAUAACAGGAUACAGACAACACCAAUAGCUACAACAGACUUUAUAAAUAAUAUUGACAAUGAAAAACAAAAUUCACCAUUAACAGAUGAAAGCGUAUCUCAAACACACACAAAAUUCCUCGACCCUAUAGAAAUAAGUCUUGGUGAAGAAAAGGCAUCAAUCAAUAAUAUAUAUGUAUCUCCGUCUUUUCCUUCCUCUGAUUGUCAUCAUCAUUCAAGAAAUUUAAAGUAUUCAGUAUCACAAAGUCAAACAAAUCAGUUACCUAUGCUAAGUCUUCAAGGUUUCAACAUUCCAGAUUCACAAAUGAGAGUCAAUAGAUUUCUAGAUCCAAAACAUUACUACUGUUGUAUUACUUUCAAUAAUAAAACCCUAGUAGAUCCAUCAACAAAUAAAGUUGACUCAAGAGGUGAAACUCUUGAAAUAAAUAAACAAUAUCCAUAUAAUUAUCAACAGUAUUUACCUGAAAUAGACGACUGUGUAUUAUUUACCAAUGCGACAACACCAAGUACACAGAUAAAAAGUAAAAACAAGCAUAAUCGUACUAAUACUGACCAUUCUUAUCGAUUCCCAGUUAAUAUUAUCAUUAAUUCUAAAGGUAAUUGUUUUUCAGACAAUAGAUUAUUAUUAACCACAAAACCAAUAUUAUACGUACCGGAGGUUGAGAAAAAUACUCAUGUAAAAAAGCUUGUACCACAUCAGUCGACAAAAGCUAAACCAAUUCAUUCAGUUAUCUGUAAAAAUCAUAAAAUAUCAGUCAAAGUACAAUGCGAUGAAAAUGAUAUCAGAUUAACACUGAAAAAGCAGCUAUUAGCUGAAACACCAAAGACGCUGAAAACUACAAAUGAAGUAUUAAAACAAACACAAAAAUUACCAGCAGCUCACUUAUCACCAUCUUUAAUUUGGUGUUAUAGUAAUUGCCAACAACAUACUCAACAAACAGACCUGUCUAAUGCUGACUAUAAAGUUAUUAAUAGAAAUAUUAAACAGGUGUCACGGAAGCAACUAUUAGUUCAUGACACUUCAAACAUUAUCACUGAUACUGCCAAUUUAUCCGGUAAAAAGUUCAUUAAUAAUACAAUGUCAACCAGAAAAUUUAAAUCUAAUCAUGAAAACAAAGUUCAUAAAUAUAAACGAAAAAUUCGUCCUGGUGAAUUAACAAUCUUUGAAUUGGAAAAAUACGGACAGUGCAGUGAAGGUGUUAAUAAGAAAAAUUGCCGAAAUCUAAAAAGCAGUGAAAUGUCUGGUGAUAGAAAAGCUAGUCAUGCAAAAAGUCUACUAAACAAAGUGAAAAUGGCAGGAAUGAAUUCAAAAAUGAAAUUAGGGAACAGGAAAAGAAGUGCAAGACGAACAAACAGUAACUUGAGUAUUGUCAACUUAUUAGACGUUACAGCCAUCGAUGGAACUUGUGAUAUAGAAAAUAUGAAAGAAGAAUCAACAGAUAUCGAUCAGAAUGUUUUUAACUAUCCAGUAAAAAUGAUUCAACCUGAAACGUACUACUUAAAUAAUGGCCUUAAUACUAAUCAACAAAUGAACGCCAUCUCUGACCAGUAUCACACUACAGAAACAGCCCAGUCCUACAGUGGGGAAUUAGAAUUGGGUAUAUGGUAUCUAAAAGUAUUUAAACAUCUAAAAACGUUGAAAGCUUUUGUUUCAAUUAAUACAGGCUAUACCAUAAAUAUUCCAGAGGAAAUAUUCAGCUGCAUACUAUUUCAUUUUGAAGUGAAUGAAACAUGGAUUAGUAGCACUGUAACUCGUAGAAAUGCAUCAAUCCGAAUGAAUCAAGUGAAUAAUUUAACGAAAAGUGUAAUUACACUUCUAAAGCCAAUCAUUUAUAUCAGUCAGCAAAUCAUAUGGUUCAAUUAUGACAUGAAAAUGCAAAGUAUUAUUCAUAUGAAUAACUUUUCAUUAAUGGAUAUGACUGCUAAAGCAAAUAUUAUCAAGUGUUCACAAGACAAAUACCUGCCUGAUGCUCAUUUUAUUAUUUUAAAUGAAAUUACAUUUAGCAAAUCAAAUGUUACCAUCAUUAAAGCAACAACUUCGAAGCCAGCAACGAAAGGUCGUAGAAAGAACGGUAAUAAACUUCAAGGCGUUAAAAUACUGUUUAAAAAUAUGAUGAAUUUCAAAACAAAAACAAAACGUCAUACUAGUUAUGGGACAAAGAAUUUACAAGCUUUAUCAUUUGCUCUGAACCACUUUUAUUAUUAUGCAAUAGAAGAAGUAAAUAUCUUUGAAAUGGAUAUGAUUUGUAUUUCAGAACACUGUUCAGAAAUGCAUUGUUUUCUUUGUCAGAUGAUAAUCACUUCAAUUAAACUCAACGUGUGUAUUACCAAUCAAAAAGUACAUAAUAAGUGCAAACUAUAUCAGAAAAGUAGAGAAGUUAAAGAGGAUAUAUUGAAAAGUAACAAGAAUGCGUGCAACGACAUAGAAUACAACCAAGGAAUUGCUGUCCCUUCAUAUUUCAACAGAUGGUCUAAUUUACUUUCAGAAUUUCAUGGAAUGUAUAUCGAAAGAUAUUGUACAAAUUCUGUGUGCUAUCAUUUGUACACCAAUGAAGUGAACAGUAAUGUAACUGUGAAUAACUUGGACUGUGUUGAAGUUUUACUAGAACAAAGCUCAUCAACGACUUCUAUGUAUUUUGAUAUUGAAUCAAAUACAAUGAAACAAAAGGUCAAGACAUUCACAACAAACGGAACGUCAAUAAAAAUGUUAAAUGUAACUGAAUACCCAGUGCUGUUAAAUAAAAGUACGCAGACAAUGAGUAAAAAAAUGCAUUAUACUGUCACGAGUCGGAAUGCAUCCCCUCAUUGUUCCAUAGAUAAUUAUCGUGUAUAUAAUUUCGGAGAUAAAAACGAAUUAUCUGAUAAAACUGUUAUACUUUCAAGUGAAAGGAAAAGAUCAAGAAGUUUAAAUUCAUCUGUUGAAUUCUCAACUAGUGUAUCUCGAAGUAUAUCAACUACUGAAAUAACUAGGGAUGAAAGUGUACAAUCCGUUUGCUUUAGUCAUAGUUUCGAUAAUACCAUACAAACCACUUCUGUCCUGAUGAGUGAUACUACUAGCAAUAAAACUAACAGAAGUGACAGUUAUAAUUAUCAACAUUGUAAUGAUGACAGUUAUAGUGAUGAAAGAAAACGAUUAACAGCAUUUAGAACAUCAAAACAAAAAGACACAAAUAGAAAAGACGGAGAAGUGUCUCAAACUUCAGAUUACCAUAGUGACAUAAGAACAUAUGGAAUUGAAAAAGAAACUCCGUUCUACAAUGGAUUAAUUCAUGACAGUUCAACAGUAAUUAAUAUGAAAUCAUCUGUUACAACUAAGAAAUGUUCAAAGUCAAUGUUAGGAUACAAACAACAAAAGCCGAAAAACAGUGCGCACUUGGAUUAUAACGAAAUUUCAAAGCGGAACUAUGAACAGCCAAAACCAUUUGGUGAAGUUACAACUAAUUCACCAAAGAUAGUAUAUAUCGAUGUGGAUUCAGCUAAUUUAUGCACUGAACAAUAUGAAACAUAA